AUAAAGCCACUGCACUUACAAAUACAUUUGAAGACUUUGAAGUUGGACAGCAGAGUGGCCGACUGUUUAGCACACUGCUACACAAGUGUACUUGCGGAACGGGCAGUUCAAAGAAAACAACACUGUCACACAGUGUUUUGGAUUAUUAAAGACCUGUGAUUAGCAGGCAAUCUGUCCACAGUAUACCCGUCUGUGUAUUUGUCAAAAUUUAAAUGUCCUUAGAAAGGAAGUGAAAACGUUAAAGCAGGCAGUGGACACUGUCCUGGUAUAUUUUAUGUACACAACACACUUAUUCUCCUAUCGUAGUAGGAAUAAAGGUUGCAAUUUUCAGAAGAAGAAAAAAAUGAUGUGGUUGAAAUAUAUACUGUAGUACAAGAAUGUAAUAGUUGGAGUAGCAUAGAUCCUAAAAAGAAAAAAAAAAGGUCACAUUGGGUGCAAUUUUUUUUUUUUUUAAAUGUGGUACUAUGUCGUGGGCGGCACAGUUUUUUUUUUUUUUUUUUUUUAUGUGGUACUCUGUCCUGGUUAGUGCGUUGGCCUCACAGUUUAAAUGACUUGGGUUCAAUCCCGGCCCUGUGUGGAGUUUGCAUGUUCUCCCCGUGCCUGCGUGGGUUUUCUCCGGGCACUCCGGUUUCCUCCCAUAUCCCAAAUGUCCGAGAUAGCGCGGAUAGGUUCCAGCACUCCCGCUACCCUUGUGAAGAUAAACUGCUCAGAAAAGAAUGGACGGACCUAAUGUCACCUCCUCACCUGAGGGAGGCAGGAAUGCUGUAUGAUUUACUUGUUCAUUUUCCGGAAAUAAAAAAAAAUAAACCAACGAAGAAGGUUACGUCAAAUUCAAAUAAUUGUCCUCAUCCCGUCGCUGUUUGUGAUUAUUCUUUUACGUAUCACACUCUGUGCGACAAAAUGUCUUUCUUUGCGGUUCAACUCGUUUCAGUGCAGGUUGAGGCCUCUCUGCAAGCGAGUUAGCCUUGCUAGGCUAGCGGCGAAGGUAGCAACAACUGAGGUCAAAUAUCUGCUUGAGGUGUUGAAAUAGCGUGAAAUAUGUGUGAAAGAACACAAGUGGAGCACGAGGACAAACCUUUACGAACAGAAGACGACGACGACGAGCGACAGCAGCAACGACUGGAAGCUGUUUUAAAACCUCAUGCUGGGUUACAGAGAGCAGGGUCCGCGGGAGUGCUGAAGUCAGUCACAGCUGUCAUCGGGCAGGAGGCGGGCUACACCCUGAACUGGUUGCCAGCCAAUCACAAGAGAGACAGAGGUUAACCCAGAGACAGACAACAAUGGACCUUUCCGACUGGCGAUCUUCUGCUCCUCCCCCCCCCCCCCCCCCCCCCCCCUUAGCAACAGUUGCCAUCUCCCACAAUCUUCCAAAAUGGCGACUGAACAGAACAGUGAAGAUAUUUAUCCUGAGAACCAGGAGUGGAGGUCCAGGGUGGAGGAGGAGACGUCAGAAGGCCCCGACAUUAAAGAUGAAGAGGAGCCAGGAGCCCAAAACAUGAAAGAGGAAGAAGAGGAACUCAGAAUUAGUCGGGAGGCAGAUAAGCUUCAAGGUCUGGAGCAGGGUGAUGUCUCCAAGUUGCCAGUUACUGUUGUGUCUGUGAAGAGUGAAGAAGAAGGUGCCAGGGGCCGCUGUGGAGGAUCUCAAGCAGCCUGCCUUUUAGCUCCACUCUCAGAUAGUGACAAGCCAAUGUCACACACUGAUGAAGAACACUCUGAAGGUGAUAAGAGACAUCACACUAGCAGCAAAUGCUCAGAAUGUGACAAAACAUUUUAUGACAGUAGUAAUCUGAAAAGACACAUGAGACGUCACACAGAAUACACAGGCUUGAAAUGCUCUCAGUGUGACAAAACGUUUCAUGACACAUCAACCCUGAAACGACACAUGAGGGUCCACACUGGAGAGAAACCAUUCGGUUGCUCGUUUUGUGGUAAAAGAUUCUCUCUCAAGUCAAACUUCAUAACACACAUAAGAAUACACACAGGAGAGAAGCCAUAUUCUUGUUCAGUCUGCAACACAAGUUUUAGUGUUAGUUCAUUAUUGGUCCAACACAUGAGAACACACACUGGGGAGAAACCAUAUUUAUGUUCAGUUUGUGGUAAAAGAUUUUCUCAAAAGGGAAGUUUAGUCACUCAUUCAAGAACACACACUGGGGAGAAACCGUUUGCCUGCUCAGUUUGUGGCAGACAGUUCUCCCAAAAGGGACAUUUUGUCAGGCACACGAAAAAACACACUGAUGGAAAAAAAAAUUACCUGCUCAGUCUGCAAUACAAGUCUAAGUAGUGAUACGGUUUUAAACAAACACAUGAGAAUGCACUCUGAGAGACCCUACAGCUGCUCAAUUUGUGAUCAAACAUUCACUCUAAAGGUGAGUUUGAUCAGGCACACACGAACACACACAGGUGAAAAACCUUUUGCCUGCUCAGUGUGCAGUAAAGUAUUCUCUCAAAAGACAAAUUUUAUGACACACACAAGAAUACACACUGGCGAAAACCCUUUCAUCUGCUCAGUCUGUAAAAUAGGUUUUCGGGAACGUUCGAUAUUGGUUCAACACAUGAGAACGCACACUGGUGAGAAACCUUUCACCUGCUCAGUCUGUGGCCAGAUGUUCUCUCAAAGAGCAAAUUUGACAAGACACAAAAGAAGACACAGUGGAAAAACAUCUUUUUGCUCAGUUUGCAAUGUAACUUGCAGUGCAAGUUCAGGGUUGUGUGAACACAGGACUGGGCACACUAAAGAAAGUAUUUAAUCGGGUUUGUCUUUUCUUCAGUAAAAUAAACUCACUUGUAUUGAGCAAUUGAAAAUU